AUGGAGACCCGGGCUCCUGCAGAGCUGAGGUUCACCAAAGUUAGCCGCAAGCUUGAGCGAUUGAGCAACACGACACUUACCUUGAGUCGGCGCCGGGCCUGCAUCUUGAGUUGGGCGGGUAGUAAGGCGCUGACGAAUACCUGUCCACCUCCGAGAAAACUCGUUAAAUACCCAACGGGGAGAAACAUUGGCCCACCAGUGCCCGCCUGCAGGUUCUGUGGCAGGGGCAGCCGGGCCAUUUGGCUGAACGUUGUCUGGGGGGGGAGUAGCGUUUUGGCCGGCAUCAAUAGCCAUUUGGGUGGAGGACUCAACGGGUGCGUCCGUCUUAUCAUUCUGCUCAAGGAAUUCGGGAAGACGAUACACAGUUCGGUCGAUACGGCCAGUGGCCUCGAUACGGCGGCGUUGAGCAAUGUCAGCGUAUGCGGUACGCGAUGCUCGCGGGCGUUUCGCAGAGUGUAUGGGGGUCUGCGGGGCCGUAUGCAGGGCAAGUUCUUCGAGGCUGUCAAGAUCUUCCUGUAUUUCUUUCAAGGAGUUCUGGAAGCCUUUGAUGCAUUCUUCUUUUUCUGCUUGAUGGGCGGAGUCAAGAGCAGCAAGAGCAUCAUCACGGGCAGCCAUCUCGGCCCAGGAGUUUUGUUCCUGUAUCAGGGCUUCGUAAUAGGCGAUUUCCUCCGGGGUACGGGUUCGGUGGAGGUCGACAAGAGCAUCAUCAACCCUUCCAAACCGAAAGACGCUGGGCUGUCGGUGGAAGCGAGGAGGAUGCUCCCGUCGGUACAAGGUGUGGUACUUACGUCGUUUCCCGGGGCUCUUGGGAAGGACGGGUUUCUCGAUGUGGACGGAGUUCUCGACGGGCGAGUAGGUUGGGGUAGGGAGCUCGACGCUCUGGAUGGGAUCGUCGCGAUGGCUUUCCUCGACAUGAUGCUGUUCGACUUCAGCACCAGCACGACCAGCCUCUUCGACAUUCUGAUCAACGUGUUGGAUCUCGACGCUGUGCAUGACUGGAGCACGGCGGGUGUCUGCCAUCAUUGCCCAAUCUUGGGGAUUGUGUUCGGCAGGUUCCUCGCGAGGCUGCUCGGGGGCCUCUUCGGGGCUCUCAGUCCGGGCAGUGCGGGUGUUGGUUCUCUGGAAUUCACAUUCAGCUGUGGACAUUCUCCAUCACUGCCGCGCCUCCUUACCUUUCUUCCGCGGUUGCUUUUCUUGGCACGCGGCUUCCCUGCCUUCGCCGCGGGUGCCGACUUCGAAGCGUCAGUCGGCUGCGCACCCUCAGUCUCGGGCGGCUGA